GGAAGCAGGCGGCGGAACUCGAGGAACGGGACAUGACCAUCUGUGAGUAUUCCCUGCUCCUGCUCCAGGCCGGGCUCUAUCCCGCUGCUAUUCCUAGGGAUGAGCUCAGGGGCAACACGAGCUGCGGCCACAAGGAGCUGAGGGAGCAGGAAGCUGAUGGAUCUUCCGAGGAGCUCGAGGACAGUGACCUGGAAAGAGCUGAGCUCGCUGCGGAGCUGGGACAACGGGAUGCCCGGAUCGGUGACUUGUCCGCAGGGAUUGAGACCCGCGAGAGGAGAAUCGAGGAACUCACAGCGGAGCUCGGAAGGUGCCUCCAGGAGCACAGUGAGUGCAUCUCCCGGCCCUGCAGCCCCCUGGGCCCCCCUCGCCCCCGGCAGCAGCCGGAGGUGACGCUGGACCCAGCCACGGCCCAUCCGCGCCUUGUCCUCUCCCGGGACCAGCGGAGCGUGCGGUGGGAAUACCGCCUGCAGGAGCCUCCCGACCUUCCCGAGCGCUUCGACACCGCUCCCUGCGUGCUGGGAUGUGAAGCCUUCUCCUCCGGGCGCCACUGCUGGGAGGUGGACGUGGCCCAGGGGCAGCACUGCGCCAUCGGCGUCACCCGCGAGUCCUCAGCGAGGAAGGGACCCAUCAGCUUCAGCCCCGAGGAGGGCAUCUGGGCCCUGCAGCAAUGGGGCUUCCAGAGCAGAGCCCUCACGUCCCCUCCCGUCGCUCUGGACCUGCCGCGGGUGCCCCGGAGGAUCCGGGUCUCCCUGGACUAUGAGUGGGGAGAGGUGAGGUUCUUCGACGUGGAGAACCAGGUGCCCAUCUUCACCUUCCCUCCUGCCUCCUUCCGCGGCGAGCGGCUCCGGCCGGGGUUCUGGCUGGAGCUGGGCUCCAUCUCCCUGCUCCGGUGA